UCGAAAGAGUCUCCUUCGGGACUGGACUCUUAUUGCUACUCUUUCACCUUACACUGUGGUGCCGGCUACUCGGAGGAGGAGCGGAAACCCGAACUCUCGAAUUCUCUCCACCCCUUUUUCCUUUGCAAGAUGUCAGAGAAGGAGAAUGCACACCUAGGAUCUUACAACACAUCCUUGCCUCAGUCCAGCCUGAAUGCCCUGCCCCUUAGGAUAGUGCGGAAAGAGAUAGCCACUCCCUCAUCAACCCUCCUCAUGAAUCGUUCCAGAGCUGUUCUAGGGUCUUCAAGCACCCAGCCAGCAGCUGUACCUGGCAGGAUAGGAGUGGAUAGCACCAAUGUGAAACUGAACCUUGAAGUGCGUCAUUUCAAAAUUGAUGACUUUGAAAUUGGGCGGCCACUGGGUAAGGGCAAGUUUGGGAAUGUGUACCUGGCUCGGGAAAAGAACAGCCAGUUUAUUGUGGCACUGAAGGUUCUCUUCAAGUCUCAGAUGGAGAAGGAGGGUGUAGAACACCAGCUUCGAAGAGAGAUUGAGAUCCAGUCUCAUCUUCGGCACCCCAACAUCCUUCGCCUCUACAAUUACUUUCAUGACCGUCGUCGGGUCUACCUGAUUCUGGAAUAUGCACCUCGGGGUGAACUCUAUAAGGAACUGCAGAAGAGCCAUACAUUUGACCAGCAACGAACAGCCACGAUCAUGGAGGAGCUGGCAGAUGCCUUGAUCUACUGCCACAGGAAGAAAGUGAUUCACAGAGACAUUAAGCCUGAGAAUCUCCUUGUGGGACUUCGAGGAGAGCUCAAGAUUGCUGAUUUUGGCUGGUCUGUCCAUGCUCCCUCCCUUAGGAGGAAGACAAUGUGUGGGACCCUAGACUAUCUUCCCCCUGAGAUGAUUGAAGGACGCACACACGAUGAGAAGGUGGAUCUUUGGUGCAUUGGAGUGCUGUGCUAUGAACUACUAGUGGGAAAUCCUCCCUUUGAAAGCUCUUCUCACAGUGAGACCUAUAGACGGAUCACCAAGGUGGACCUGAAAUUUCCUUCAUCUAUUCCUUCUGGAGCCCAGGACCUGAUCUCUAAGCUGCUCAGGCAUAACCCUUCAGAGAGACUUCCCCUCACUCAGGUUUUGGAGCACCCCUGGGUUCAGGCUCAUUCCCGGAGAGUGCUUCCUCCUUGUUCCCCCCAUCCUGCCCACUGAAUCCUAUCUUAUGUAUAGAUUUAUAUGUGUUUUGUAUGUUGAAGGGAAAUGAAGUGAGAGAGGGUAGAUCCCUGGCUUCUUUCUCCAUCAUUAUUUCAUCUAACCUCAAAGACUAUUUAAUAAAGACUUAAAUGUUUUUUGUAUGUAUGGAGAUUGGUGACUCAUCAUGAAGCUGGAGAAUGACACUCCUCAGUGGUUUGGUCUGAAUAAAAAGGUCUGUACAAGGCAGAAUCAGGGAUUUGGAUUCCAUGGCUGACCAUUCAGUGCUGCCCUCAAAAACUUUGAGUCUAGACCGUUGCCAGUUCUAAGCCCUUAGUCACUGGCAUCAUCCAUUUUCUCCUAUUCUCAUGCCCAAAAUAUAUGGGGAAAAUAAUAGAACCAUAUAAAUCUGGUACCCUGUAUAAUCAUAUUAAUUUCAACUAGAACCUCAGUACUAUUUGAUAAUCAUUUAUGAUUUGAUUAUCUAGCAUGUUCCCAUUAGCAGCUCUACCACUAUAACUUUAUUCAAGUCCUUAGGAAUCCCAACUUUUUACACAUGAAUGACCCUCCCUCUUAAACUGAAGAAAGAAGGGUCCUCAGUUCCAAUCCCUUCCAUUGUCUCACCCAACUUUCUGUCCUUUUGAUUCAAUACCCAUUGUCCCCACCCUAGUCUAGGCCUAUAUCAUCUCAUACUUUCUCAUAUUUAGAUUCCAUCAACUGCCUUCCGGACUCCAGUCUUCUCUCCCUGAAACCAAUCAGUUAAUGCAGUUAUUGAGUGAACUUAAUUAUGCUCAACACUGACUAUGUACAGGUCAAGUAGAGAGGGAAAUACCUUGACACAAGAUAACACAAGAUAGAAUGUGAUUGAGUGUCAUGUCAAGAAGUAAGACCAAGUUUAAGGCAGAGCUAGAGUCUUCUUGCAGUAUGAAGUGUGAAUCUAAAUUAUGAGGAGUUGAACUUUACUGAAACAGUGGUAAUGAGGAGCACUUAAUAUAGGACAUUGUAGCAUGAUUCCAGUGAUGUUUUUUGUUAGGGAACAUUCUAGGGGAUUCACUCACUUGGUUGAAUGGAAUGGCAGAGUUUCUCUGAUUCUCUGGCCAAAACAGAUUGUACCAGUGUAUGGAAAACCUUUGACACAUUUCUCUAGUGCCUUACCAACUGGAUUUUAUUUAGCCAUUCCCCAAUAGGUGAGCAACCCCUAAGUCUCCAGUGUUUUGCUAUUACAAAGAGAGUUGCUAUAAAUAUUUUUGUACAGAUAGGUCAUUUUACUCUUUAGUGUAUACGCCUUGUUGUUUUUGUUGUUUGUCCUUUGUUCUUGAAGAGGACCGUGACAUUGGGGUGAUGUUAUGACUUACACUAAAUUGAAUUUAAGUGAGGGAAGGCUGUGCAAGG